AAGACUUACUUCAAGACAUACUCCCUUUAUCCCUUCAAGACGUAUUUUCCCUUUGCCUUUUGUUAUUUGAGGAAAAGAAAACAUUCUGCAGGUGGAGCUUGUGAACAACACCUUCUUUAAAACCCAGAGCCUCCAUCCUUACCUGACCAUUUCAGCACCAGCAUCCUGCCGAGAAAAGACGCAAUUAGCCAAAAUGAUAGCUGGAGGCUUAACUGAAACCUCACCUGCCACUCCAGAAAUCCAGGAGAUUGCUAACACGGUUAAACCACAGCUUGAAGAAAAAACAAAUGAGACUUAUGAAAAAUUUGAAGCUGUGGAAUAUAAAACUCAAGUGGUUUCUGGAACGAAUUACUACAUUAAGAUACGAGUAGGUAAUGAUUGUUAUACUCACAUAAAAGUAUUCAAAAACCUUCCUCACCAAAAUCAGCCUUUGACACUUCUUGGCUACCAGGCUGACAAAAGCAAGGACGACGAGCUCAUGGGCUUCUAGCGGCAUGUUCUGAAAGCAGUCGAUUCUUUCCACUGAUUCCUGAUUAAUGGCCCCUGCUAAUAAAUGUAACUAUCAAUAAAGAA